AUGUAUCUCACUGUCGCCGCCCUCUCGGCCUUGUUCGCCGCCGUCAAGGCGCAGCAAGUCUGCACAAACACCGCCGAGACCCAUCCCAAGUUGACUUGGUCUAAGUGCACCAGCAGCGGCUGCAACAGUGUUUCUGGCUCCGUUGUCGUCGACGCCAACUGGCGAUGGACCCAUCUGACUACAUCUACAACCAACUGCUACACCGGAAACGAGUGGGAUAAGUCCAUCUGCACGAGCAACGAGGUCUGCGCCGACAAGUGCUGUCUGGAUGGCGCCGAUUACUCGGGCACCUACGGUGUGACUACCAGCGGCAACCAGCUCAACCUCAAGUUCGUCACCAAGGGCCCCUACAGCACGAACAUCGGUAGCCGUCUCUACCUCAUGGAGGACGACAACACCUACGAGAUGUUCACCCUGCUCGGCAACGAGUUUACCUUUGACGUCGAUGUUUCGGGCAUCAGCUGUGGCCUGAACGGCGCGCUGUACUUUGUCUCCAUGGACGAGGAUGGCGGCAAAGCCAAGUACAGCGGAAACAAGGCUGGAGCCAAGUACGGCACUGGUUACUGUGACAGCCAGUGCCCUCGUGAUGUCAAGUUCAUCAACGGAGUGGCCAACGUGAAAGACUGGGUGCCUUCUACCGACGACAUCAACGCCGGUAUUGGAGGCUUGGGCACUUGCUGUCCGGAGAUGGAUAUCUGGGAGGCCAACGACAUCUCGACCGCCUACACUCCUCACCCCUGUGACGGCCUCACCCAGGUUUCCUGCCAGGGCGACGCCUGUGGCGGCACCUACUCGGCCGACCGCUACGCCGGCACCUGUGAUCCCGAUGGUUGCGACUUCAACGCCUACCGCCAGGGCAACAAGACCUUCUACGGCCCCGGCUCCGGCUUCAACGUCGACACCACCAAGAAGGUCACCGUCGUCACCCAGUUCCUUACUGGCACCAACGGCAAGCUGUCCGAGAUCAAGCGCCUCUACGUCCAGAACGGAAAGGUCAUUGCCAACGCCGCCUCGACCAUCUCUGGCGUCUCCGGAAGCUCCAUCACCGCCGACUACUGCACUAAGCAGAAGAGCGUCUUUGGCGAUGAGGACUCCUGGGGUGACCACGGUGGCCUUUCUCGCAUGAGCGAUGCCCUCGCUGCGCCCAUGGUUCUGGUCAUGAGCUUGUGGCACGACCACUACUCGCACAUGCUCUGGCUCGACUCGACCUACCCUGCCGGCUCUUCCAAGCUUGGCGCCGCCCGCGGCUCUUGUGCGACCACUUCCGGCGUCCCCUCUGACCUCGAGAAGAAUGUUCCCAACUCCUCCGUUUCCUUCUCCAACAUCAAGUUCGGCCCCAUCGGCUCGACCUACAGCUCGACCGGCUCCACCGAUCCCACCAAUCCCACCACUACCACUACCACCACUACCACCAACCCCACCGAUACACCCGUUGCCCACUGGGGCCAGUGCGGCGGCCAGAACUGGACCGGCAGCAAGACUUGCGUGUCUCCUUACACUUGCACCAAGGUCAACGACUACUACUCCCAGUGCCUGUGA